UGAAUCUGUUCUUUUUGUCUUAGUAUUAUAAAUAAAAAGCUGAACCAAUGAGGUGAGAAUUAACACAGGGAAAUGUAUCAUUUAUAUAAUGAACAGUACUUAUUUCGUAUGUAUUCUUGUCAGCAUGUUGUACAUUUGCAAAUGCUUUUGUAUGUUUCAACAAGUUGAUCAGCUAUCACCUUUUGAACAGAAAGAAACUAUAGACACGAAUAGGAAAAACAGACAAAGUGUCAAAAGUUUUAGUAUUGUUAAACCGAAAAAAACUUAUCAGAAACAUUUUGUGCACACCUUUUAUAAAAAAAUCAACAACCAAAAAAUAUAUGGUCAUCAAGCUAUUGUUUACGAUGCAAAAAAUAUGUUUUCUGUUUUGGAACCAUUAAGACCAGGUGGAUGUAGAGACAAAGUAAAAGCCACCGUUCUUGAAACAGCGAAACAAAGAAAAUGUGUUGUGGCUAUUAAUGGAGGUUUUGCCCAUCCUGAAACAUUAGGUUGCUAUGGUAAUGUUGUAAGUGAUGGGCAUUUAGUGCAAAAAACAAACUCAUUAUUAGUAAAAGCUGUUAACUUUGGUGUGAAAAAAGAUGGUAGCAUUGCAGUGGGAUAUAUCCCUCAAAGACUUCUAACUUUAAAAAACCCAUUCAUCCAACUGGUUUCUGGUAUUGGUUGGAUUUUAAGAAAUGGCGAAAACUAUGUCAAUGAAAGUUUAAAAUUACAGCAAUGCUCAAGUGACAGUUUAUCUCAGUUUGCUAAUACGAAAUCUGCAAGAUCAUUUGUUGGUUUUGACGAGGAAGGAUGUGUUCAUAUUAUUCAAGUUGAUGGGAAAACCAGUGAUUCGGGAAUAAAUUUGCACGAUGCUGCCUCUUUGUUGCAAUCAUUUGGUAUAACCAAUGCUAUCAAUUUGGAUGGUGGUGGAGCUUCAACCUUUAUUACUAAUGGGUCUGUUGUAAAUUACCCUUCAAACAUCUGCUUUAAGGAUGGAACUGAGUCUCUCUGUCCAGCUAAUGUGACAACAGUUUUAUGCAUCCACGAAAGUGACAAAUGCUCCAACAAUUGCUCCAACAAUGGUGUGUGUGGAAAAGGAAGAUGCAGAUGUCAAGCUGGUUGGUUUGGAAUAGAAUGUGACAAAAAUGUUCUUGAGUUUUCUUCAUCAUGGAAAAAUUAUAAAUUUAUAAUUGGUCUAACCGUUACAAUUGGUGUGUUGCUGGUCCUAAACAUCUUCACGUGUAAUCUUGCUUUUCUUUAUUACUCCCGCUACAAAAGUUUAGUUAAUUCUUCAAAAGAAAAAGACCAACUACGACAUUACCUACGAAGUCGAAGAGCAUUAUCAUCAACUGAAAACGAAAGUGAUUAUUAAAAGUAUUUUAUAAUACUUUGUCUAUUUUUUUACGUUUUUUAGGGUUGUCUUGCUGCUCAGUGACACUAUAAAACACUAAAACUUUGUGGUGAUUUUCAGUUGCAGGAUAUUUUUUUUUUGGGGGGGGGGAACGGGAGGUGGUUGACAGUGGUGCAUGUAUUGAAUUUCAAUAAAACUUUUAUAUAAUAUAUAUUAUUUUUUUAAAGAGCAAUUUUGUAUCAUCAAUUUUAUAUUUUUUGUAAUCUUCAAUGUUUAAUGGAGCGUUAUUUAUUUCUAUGUUAUGUAUUUUUAUGUUAUAUAUUUAUAUAAUAAUUUAGCUUGUAAUAAUGAAUUUUAAAUUUAUUUUUACAAUUUUCAUAAAAAAAAUUCACACUGAAAUAUUUACUUUUAAAUAUGCCUAUGAUAACCUACAAUAACAUUU